CUACCGAAGCUUCCGGUUCCGGUUUUGGCCGCGAGAGGAGAGGCGAGCGGAAUCUGUCGCUCCGUGUGCUGUCUUUGCCGCCGCCAUCAUGUCGGGCUCCAGCAGCGCCCUCAUGAAGCAGCCGCCCAUCCAGUCCACGGCGGGGGCCGUCCCCGUCCGAAACGAGAAAGGGGAGAUCUCCAUGGAGAAGGUGAAGGUGAAGCGCUAUGUCUCGGGGAAGCGCCCGGACUAUGCGCCCAUGGAGUCCUCGGAUGAGGAGGAGGAGGAGUUCCAGUUCAUCAAGAAGGCCAAGGAGCAGGAACAGGAGCCUGAGGAGCAGGAGGAGGAGCUGGCCAGCGACCCCCGUCUUCGCCGCCUCCAGAACCGCAUCUCGGAGGACGUGGAGGAAAGGUUGGCGCGGCACCGGAAGAUCGUGGAACCGGAGGUGAUGGGGGAGAGUGACUCCGAAGUGGAAGGAGAGGCCUGGCACGUGGAGCGAGAGGACACCAGUGAGGAGGAAGAGGAGGAAGUGGAUGACGAGGAAAUUGAGCGCCGCCGUAGCAUGAUGCGCCAGCGGGCUGAGGAACGGAAAAACGAGGAGUUGGAAGUGAUGGAGGUGGAAGACGAGGGUCGCUCUGGGGAGGAGUCUGAAUCAGAGUCUGAAUACGAGGAAUACACAGAUAGCGAGGAUGAAACGGAGCCGCGCCUCAAGCCGGUCUUCAUUCGCAAGCAAGACAGAGUCACAGUUCAGGAACGGGAGGCGGAAACCCAGAAGCAGAAGGAGCUGGAGCUGGAGGCCAAGCGGAUGGCCGAAGAGAGGCGCAAGUACACACUGAAGAUUGUCGAAGAGGAAACCAAGAAAGAGCUGGAGGAGAACAGACGCUCUUUAGCAGCCCUUGAUGCUCUGGACACUGAUGAUGAAAACGACGAGGAAGAAUAUGAGGCAUGGAAAGUGCGGGAGUUGAAGCGCAUCAAGCGGGACCGCGAGGAGCGCGAGGCGUUGGAGAAGGAGAAGGCAGAGAUCGAGCGCGUGCGGAACCUGACGGAAGAGGAACGGCGCGCAGAACUCCGGGCCAACGGCAAGGUCAUCACCAACAAGGCCGUGAAGGGCAAAUACAAAUUCCUGCAGAAGUACUACCACCGGGGAGCCUUCUUCAUGGACGAAGACGAGGAUGUCUACAAGAGGGACUUCAGUGCCCCGACCCUGGAAGACCACUUCAACAAGACAAUCCUGCCCAAAGUCAUGCAGGUGAAGAACUUUGGGCGCUCUGGGCGAACCAAGUACACUCACCUGGUGGACCAGGACACAACUUCCUUUGACUCGGCCUGGGGACAGGAGAGCGCACAGAACACCAAGUUCUUCAAGCAGAAGGCCGCUGGCGUGCGGGAUGUCUUCGACAGACCCUCGGCCAAGAAGCGGAAGGCCACCUGAGUGGCACACUUCUCUAUCAAUGUGGAGCCUUUGCCCUCAGUGUGGCUUGGGACUACAGAGUUCGAUUUAGACCCAGAAUAUUUCUCAUUUGCAGAGACACAGCCCCUUUUAUCACCUUCCUCCCUCUUUCAAUAACACCCCUUUUGGUAUAUAACUCUCCGUCUACUAUACCAUUUUCCCCUUGGCAACCACAAGGAUUUCCUGUUUUUAUGGAGUACUGCUAAGAGGGAGGUGGCAUGAAAGAAAAACAUCUCUAUUAAAGUUAUUUCUUACCAAGA